AGCAGAGGCUUUGUUCCAACCGCCUAGCACGGCUCGCCAGCAGGAGCCCAGUAAUUGUUGAAUGGCUCAAUGUUCGGAGCGCAGGGGCCGCUCUGGGACGAGGCGGAUCGAAGUGCUACACCUCGGUUUGUUUCCGAGAUGGGCCCUUAGAAAUGCCCCCAUGGGGCUCCAAAGGGGCAGAUGCCACAGCCGCCAGGGCGGAGCGGGUGUGAGCAGAAGGCUGGGAAACCCCGCGCGCCGCUAGGCGAGGGACUUCCGCUCAGAGCUACGGCGGAAAUGCCGCUCUUUCUUUGGGCCGGUCUCUCUUAGUUCCCCCGCCCCUCCUGGUUCUUCCGCCUCCGAGCCGACACAAACCGGUGCGCAUGCGCCGUGCCCUGACCUGGAAGCGGCUGGGGCCAGAGCACACGUGUUUCGUGUUUCGGUGAGUGUGGCGGAGAUGGAGAGCCGGGAUCCCGCCGAGCCGAUGUCGCCUGGAGAAGCGACGCAGAGUGGCGCCCGGCCUGCCGACCGCUAUGGCCUGUUGAAGCACAGUCGCGAGUUCUUGGACUUCUUCUGGGACAUUGCGAAGCCCGAGCAGGAGACGCGACUUGCGGCCACGGAGAAGCUGCUGGAGUAUCUGCGCGGCAGGCCGAAGGGGUCCGAGAUGAAAUAUGCCCUGAAGCGUCUAAUCACGGGACUCGGGGUCGGGCGAGAAACAGCCCGGCCCUGCUACAGUUUGGCCCUGGCACAGCUGUUACAGUGUUUUGAAGACCUCCCCUUGUGCAGCAUCCUGCAGCAGAUACAAGAAAAAUAUGACCUGCAUCAGGUGAAGAAGGCAAUGCUGAGACCUGCUCUCUUUGCAAACCUGUUUGGAGUGCUCGCCCUCUUUCAGUCAGGUCGGCUGGUGAAGGACCAGGAGGCACUGAUGAAGUCGGUGAAGCUGCUGCAGGCCCUGGCUCAGUAUCAAAACCACUUGCAGGAGCAGCCCCGGAAGGCCCUGGUAGACAUCCUCUCCGAGGUCUCGAAGGCCACAUUGCAGGAGAUCCUGCCAGAGGUCCUCAAAGCCGACUUGAAUAUAAUACUCAGCUCCCCUGAACAGCUAGAGCUCUUCCUCCUGGCCCAGCAGAAGGUGCCCUCCGAGCUCAAGAAGCUGGUGGGAUCCGUGAAGCUAUUCUCGGAUGAGAAUGUCCCCAGGCUGGUGAAUGUGCUGAAGAUGGCCGCCGCCUCUGUGAAGAAGGACCGCAAGCUGCCCGCCAUUGCUCUGGACCUGCUCCGCCUGGCGCUCAAGGAAGACAAGUUCUCACGGUUCUGGAAGGAGGUGGUGGAACAAGGGCUGCUGAAGAUGCAGUUCUGGCCAGCCAGCUACCUGUGUUUCCGCCUGCUGGGCGCGGCCCUGCCCCUGCUGACCAAGGAGCAGCUGCAGCUGGUGAUGCGGGGAGACGUGAUCCGCCAUUACGGGGAGCACGUGUGCACUGCUAAGCUCCCAAAGCAGUUCAAGUUUGCCCCAGAGAUGGACGAUUACGUGGGCACCUUCCUAGAGGGGUGCCAGGAUGACCCUGAGCGGCAGCUGGCCGUGCUAGUGGCCUUCUCAUCUGUCACCAACCAAGGCCUCCCUGUCACGCCUACUUUCUGGCGGGUCGUGCGGUUCCUGAGCCCUCCGGCCCUGCAGGGCUAUGUGGCCUGGCUGCGGGCCAUGUUUCUCCAACCAGACCUGGACUCCUUGGUUGACUUCAGCACCAACAACCAGAAGAAAGCCCAGGAUUCAUCGCUCCACAUGCCUGAGCGAGCUGUGUUCCGGCUGAGGAAAUGGAUCAUCUUUCGAUUGGUGAGCAUUGUGGACAGCCUGCACCUGGAGAUGGAGGAGGCCUUGACUGAGCAGGUGGCCAGGUUUUGUUUGUUCCACUCGUUCUUUGUCACAAAGAAGCCCACAUCCCAGAUCCCUGAGACAAAGCAUCCGUUCUCCUUCCCUUUGGAAAACCAGGCCCGAGAGGCUGUCAGCAGUGCCUUCUUCAGUCUGUUGCAGACCCUCAGCACGCAGUUCAAGCAGGCACCAGGCCAGACCCAGGGUGGGCAGCCCUGGACCUACCACCUGGUGAAGUUCGCAGACCUCCUGUUGAAUCACAGCCACAACGUGACCACCGUGACACCCUUCACUGCGCAGCAGCGCCAGGCCUGGGACCGGAUGCUGCAGACUCUGAAGGAGCUGGAGGCCCACUCCGCAGAGGCCAGGGCUGCUGCCUUCCAGCACCUUCUGCUCCUCGUGGGCAUCUACCUCCUCAAGUCCCCUGCAGAGAGCUGUGACCUGCUGGGUGACAUCCAGACCUGCAUCAGGAAAAGUCUGGGAGAGAAGCCCCGCCGGAGCCGCACCAAGACCAUCGACCCCCAGGAGCCCCCGUGGGUAGAGGUGCUGGUGGAGAUCUUGCUGGCCCUGUUGGCCCAGCCCAGCCACCUCAUGCGCCAGGUGGCCCGGAGCGUGUUUGGCCACAUCUGCUCCCACCUGACCCCACGUGCCCUGCAGCUAAUUCUGGAUGUGCUGAACCCCGAGACCAGUGAGGAUGAGAAUGACCGUGUGGUGGUGACGGACGAUUCUGAUGAGCGGCGGCUGAAGGGUGCAGAGGACAAGAAUGAGGAAGGCGAGGACAACAGAAGCUCAGAGAGUGAAGAGGAGAGUGAGGAGGAGGAGCGCGACGGGGACGUGGAUCAGGGCUUCCGGGAACAGCUGAUGACUGUGCUGCAGGCUGGGAAGGCGCUGGGUGGAGAGGACAGUGAGAACGAGGAGGAGCUGGGGGACGAGGCCAUGAUGGCCCUGGACCAGAGCCUCGCCAGCCUUUUUGCCGAGCAGAAGCUGUGUAUCCAGGCCCGGCGAGACGAGAAGAACAAGCUGCAGAAGGAGAAGGCUCUGCGGCGCGACUUCCAGAUCCGGGUGCUGGACCUGGUGGAGGUGCUAGUGACCAAGCAGCCCGAGAAUGCCCUGGUCCUGGAGCUGCUGGAGCCGCUGCUGAGCAUCAUCCGGCGCAGCCUGCGCAGCAGCAGCUCCAAACAGGAGCAGGACCUUCUGCACAAGACGGCACGCAUCUUCACGCACCACCUGUGCCGUGCCCGGCGCUACUGCCACGACUUGGGUGAGCGCGCAGAGGCCCUGCACGCCCAGGUGGAGCGGUUGGUGCAGCAGGCUGGCCGCCAGCCCGACUCCCCCACCGCCCUCUACCACUUCAACGCCUCUCUCUACCUGCUCCGGGUCUUGAAGGGCAAUACUGCCGAGGGCUGCGUGCAUGAGACACAGGAGAAGCAGAAAGCCGGCACUGACCCCAGCCCCAUGCCCACGGGCCCGCAGGCUGCCAGCUGCUUGGACUUGAACCUGGUGACCCGGGUAUACUCGACAGCACUGAGCUCCUUCCUGACCAAGCGCAACAGCCCCCUCACAGUUCCCAUGUUCCUCAGCCUCUUCUCCCGGCACCCGGUGCUCUGUCAGAGCCUGCUCCCCAUCCUGGUCCAGCAUGUCACAGGCCCGGUGCGGCCCCGUCAUCAGGCCUGCCUGCUGCUCCAGAAGACCCUGUCCAUGCGGGAGGUGAGGUCGUGCUUUGAGGACCCCGAGUGGAAGCAGCUGAUGGGCCAGGUCCUAGCAAAGGUCACCGAGAACUUGCGCGUGCUGGGGGAGGCGCAGACCAAGGCGCAGCAUCAGCAGGCACUGUCCUCCCUGGAGCUGCUCAAUGUUCUCUUCAGGACCUGCAAACAUGAGAAGCUGACCUUGGACCUGACGGUGCUCCUGGGUGUGCUGCAGGGGCAACAGCAGAGCCUACAGCAGGGGGCACACUCCACCGGCUCCAGCCGCCUGCACGACCUCUACUGGCAGGCCAUGAAAACCCUGGGAGUCCAGCGCCCCAAGUUGGAGAAGAAGGAUGCCAAGGAGGUCCCCAGUGCCACCCAGAGCCCCAUCAGCAAGAAGCGGAAGAAAAAGGGAUUCUUGCCAGAGACGAAGAAGCGCAAGAAACGCAAGUCAGAGGAUGGCACGCCAGCGGAGGAUGGCACACCUGCAGCCACUGGCGGGAGCCAGCCCCCCAGCAUGGGCAGGAAGAAGAGGAACAGGACAAAGGCCAAGGUCCCAGCCCAGGCAAACGGGACGCCAACCACCAAGAGUCCAGCCCCUGGCGCCCCCACCCUGAGCCCCAGCACCCCUGCCAAAUCCCCAAAACUGCAGAAGAAAAACCAGAAGCCGUCCCAGGUGAAUGGAGCUCCCGGGUCCCCCACGGAACCUGCAGGCCAAAAGCAGCAUCAGAAGGCUCUUCCCAAAAAGGGGGUCUUGGGCAAAUCACCACUGUCCGCGCUGGCACGGAAAAAGGCAAGGCUGUCUUUGGUCAUCAGGAGUCCCAGCCUGCUUCAGAGUGGGGCCAAGAAGAAGAAAGCGCAGGUGCAGAAGGCAGGGAAGCCCUGAGCACAGGUACGGGCCCCCCUCAGCCCCUGCCUCCAUCUGCCUGAGACGCCUAUUUUUUUUUUUUUUUUUAACCAUGAUUUUAAUACGCAAGCUGUUUCUAAGGCGCCAGCUCUGCCACUGGGGAGGGUGGCUGUUGCCACCUGCCCGGGCAUCCUGCUCUGGCAAGCACAGCCUGAGCCAUUCCUGCAGGGGUCCCAGGGUGCAGAGACCUCCCCGCCCCCGGUUCUGGGCUGGGACCCUGGCUCCAGGGCCAUGUCCAGGGCUCUGGUGUUUGCCUGGGUGGGUGCAGGUUGAUGUGCUGGCUGCAGGCAGGUGUGACCAUCUCUCGUGCCUGCCACCCCUUUGCCCCCAGGCUUUUUUGCUGUGAGGGAGCCACCAGGGGGUGAUUUAAAUAGGUUUAUUUCUUCAUUUACAAGAGAAAUCUAUUUGGCUUCUCUCUUAAGACUCUGAGAUUCACAAUCAGCAGCUCUAAAAAAUAAAGGAGCAGUUUGGCUUCCGGAAGGAAGAGGAGGCAA